CCGCUGCCGCCGUCACCGAAAAUCCUCAGGAAAAAAAACCCCCCCACAACCGAGGGACAGAGAGAAAAAAAAGCCGAAACCCACAUCCUCGAGAUGCCGUCAAAGAAAAAGAAAUACAACGCCCGCUUCCCACCGGCCAGAAUUAAGAAAAUCAUGCAGACUGACGAAGAGAUUGGAAAAGUGGCUGCUGCUGUUCCCGUGAUAAUCUCUCGGGCAUUAGAACUGUUCCUGGAUUCCCUACUUACCAAGGCCUGCCAUGUGACUCAGUCGAGAAAUGCCAAGACCAUGACAACGUCUCACUUGAAACAGUGCAUCGAGCUUGAACAGCAAUUCGAUUUCCUGAAGGACCUGGUAGCCUCUGUGCCGGAUAUGCAGGGAGACAAUGAAGACAACCACAUGGAAGGAGACAAGGCUCCACGGAGGGGGAGGAAGCCAGGCUAUGGACGGAGAAACACAAACGGAGGGGCGGGGGCCAAAGCGAAGGACAAGAAACAGUCCAGUUCCGAAUCAGAACAGGAGGACGAGUCUGAGGACAGCGAGACGGACGAGGAGGAAGUGUCCCGGUCGAGCACGGACAAACCCGGAGACCAAAUUCAGAGCCCUCAGUCGCUCUUCAGCACUCCUCUACCAACGCUGCCGAUGCCCGCGUGUUCCCCAGCGAUGAGCAACCUGCCGAUGCCAGCACCCGCCCCGAUGGUCUGCAGUCAAGAUGGCGAGGAAGACGAUGACUACGAUUCUUAGCUUUUGUGUUUUCAUUACUUUUUUUUUGGUGACGUGGCAAGGAUGGAGUGGGGGUUUUAUUCCAUUUGUGAGUGUGUGUGUUUGUUUGUGUGUGUGUGUGUGAAUGUACGUGCGUGCGUGUUUGUGUGUGUGUGCUUGUCCUCUUCUGAGAUUUAUUUUUUCAUAUCAGGUCAUCCGGGAGUUUUGUUUCCUCUCUCUCUCUCUCUCUCUCUCUCUCUCGCGUCGUUUUAUUUACUGCGCCCGAGCUGCAGUUCUUAAACCAUUUUAUCCCCUCACUGUGUCUAUCGUGUGCAUGAAAUUCUCCCUCCCAACACAGCCCUCCGCCAUCCCUCCCUUCCAAAAAUAAGCGGAUUGAGAGGGAGGAGGUGAUUAAAAAGCUGGGUGAGAUAGGUCUUGCACUGGCGCUGAAGUCACCAGCCACUUUGGCAUUAUUUUUAAUUUUUAAUUUUAGUAAAAAUUAAUAAAAAUUUAAAAAAAAAAUCGGAAUUUUUUUUUUAAGGCAAGUUCUGCUCUCUCAUUUACCCAGAAUUUUUGGUUUCUUAUAGGCGGAGGGAACCUUAUCUGUCCCGAUCAGGAGAAUCGUGGCUUAUAUUAACAUUUGUGCAAAUAAUAAUCUAGGCUUGUGCCAUCUGCUCCCUUAAGUUUGUUUCACCUCCGCCUCCCCUUCCGCCUCCCCCUUCCCCUCACCCUUCCUCCCCUUGCCUUUGCUGUGCUGUUAAUGAGACCCGUUGGUGAUUCGAAAUGGGAGAAUGUACUUGGUGGUGCUGUGGGGGGAUUGACCAUCUUACUCUGAAUAAAGGCAUUUUAGGGGAA